GUCCAGCCCACCUGCAGUCUCCUACAAACAUCACCAAUCAGUUCACACCUCCACCCCACAUACUUUCUUUUGUGAACUUUGUGAAGGUUGAUCCAUGGACAAGCCCACCUGAGGAUCAUCAGACUAUUACAUAUUGUAUUCACAUGGAAUUGUCUUACCCAUAAUCCUUUGCCAUUAUCAUUUGCAUAGCAAAUGCUGUAUUCUUGAAGGUGAUUGGGUAAGAUUGAGUCCAGGAUGCCAACAGGUCAGAUAAAGGUCUUAUAAGAGAGAGUGGUUGUCAGAGAUGAUGUGGAAGAAGCCUACAGUGUGUUAUGUUAUCAACAGGACAACUAUACUAUUAAUUUGGUUUGAUACAUACAUUUUGUUACUUUAAAUUGAAGGAAAGUUCAGGAGGAUUUCUUUGGCACAUCAGAACUUCAGUCUGAAAUGACAGAACCACUAAUACCAGUGAAGAAGAUCAAAGAAGAAGACUUUGAUGAUUUCCUCCGUGAACAUAUUUUGGCCAGUAAAUUGGAAGAUAAGACUGUACUGGAACAUGACUUUAAGACAGAGACAGAAACAUCAUCAACCUGUAGAGAAGAGGAGUUCACACCAGUGGAAAUUAAAGAGGAAAACGAUUCUGAUUCUGGAGAAAAUUAUGACCAUGAUGACUCCUCUACUACAAGAGCAGUCCAAAUGAUCACAGCUGGCAAGAGUACCGUUGCUGGUUCAGAUAUCAACACACAUAAGAGAACACAUUCCAGAGGAAAGUCAUGUUAUUGUACCGAGUGUGGAAAGACUUUUACUCAGGUGACGUAUUUUAAGAGACACCUGAUGAUCCAUACUGGGGAAAAGCCAUAUCAGUGUUCUACAUGUGGAAAGACUUUCACUCAGGUGUCUAAUCUCAAGAGACACCAGAGAAUCCAUACUGGGGAAAAGCCAUACCCGUGUUCUACAUGUGGAAAGAGUUUCAGAAGCAGCAUUGAGGUCACUAUCCAUCAGAGAAUCCAUACUGGGGAAAAGCCAUAUCAGUGCUCAGAGUGUGGAAAGACUUUUGCUCAGGUGGGUCAUCUCAAGGCACACCAGAUGAUCCAUACUGGGGAAAAGCCAUAUCAGUGCAGUGCAUGUGGAAAGAAUUUCAGCACCAAAGGAGAGCUCACUAUCCAUCAGAGAUAUCACUCUGGAGAAAGGCCAUAUCAGUGUUCAGAGUGUGGAAAGACUUUUGCUCACUUUAGUAACUUCAAGGCACACCAGACUGUCCAUACUGAAGAGCGUUAUAAGUGUUCAGAUUGUGGAAAGACUUUUGCUCAGGUGCGCUAUCUCAAGAUACACCAGAGGAUCCAUACUGGGGAAAAGCCGUACAUAUGCUCCACAUGUGGGAAGUGCUUCAGACACAAGUGUUCUUUCAGCCGUCAUAAAAUGAUCCAUGUAAGGUAAAAAUGAACACCUGUGUUCUCAGGGCCAAAUGCACUAACGCUUUUGUGCCCACUUCAGCCGAGCAGAGCUGUGUCAAAUUGUGCAUUUCUGUAUCAUACGUAUGCAUUCCUAGGAGGGUCAGGGGAAAGUGUGAGUUUAUUACUGUGCUACGGGUGAUAAGAUUUUCAAGAAACUAAAACAUAGCGUACCGUACUGUACAUACCAGAGACAAAGACACAAGGAGCCAUAUUGGGGGAAGCCCAAAGCAGUUUACUACACGUUCAUGUUUCUGUUCUGUCUUGACCUGCAUGCUAAUAGUAAAAUGUUUGAUGGUGACUUCCUAUCUGGUUACGAGUUACGUGUUCCUGUGUGUGAGAUAAGUGCUGAAAAAGCUGGUGUUUGGAACAAAAAUAAAUAUUUGUAUUUGGAAAA